AUGACAAGUCACUUUUCGGCUCAUUCCACUUUUUGUAUUGUUUAUAUGAGUCAAGUGCACCCAACUAUUGUAUUCAUCAUUCUAGUAAAAAACGUCUGUAAGCGUUUGUCACCUUCUGUUAAUCAACUUAAUUACGUUUCAAACGGGCCGCUACGAGAAUGGUUGCCGGCCUCAAAUCCGCGUCUCGCGAUGCUUGAUCUCUUUCCCCUGGAGUACCGUCGCCUCCGAGGGGACCUAAUUCUUACUUAUGCCCUGUUUGAAAAAAGCUUGGCAAACAGGUUUUUUGCCGUUGAACCAGCAAACACCCGGCAGGGACAUAGGAGGAAAAUUUUCAAGCUCAGAGCACACACAUUCAUUAGACAAAAUCUUUUCUCAUUUCGGGUAGUAGGUGAACGACAGCCACUAACCGAUCAGAACAAAAGCGACCCGGGGAACUUGGGCAAUAGCCUCAAUUUUGUGUAUCGAUCCAUGAAUCCCAUGAAACGUAUAUCUGGCAUAUUAAAGCUCUGCACUCUCGCGAUCCCAGAUGGCAUGGGUACCGGGCAUCCGGGCAUGUAUGCUUUUGUAGAAAGCGAACCGUUUGCUCCUACGGGUAAACUACUUUUCCGGCGAAAAUACUCGAAAGCACAGAUCCAAACUAUUCUCGUUUGUUGUCUCCUUUGCUUUGUCUACCUGCUAUUUAGGCUGAAUCUCUUGUUUCACGGGCUACGCCCUGAUGAUCAUCUAAAAUGUGUGAUCUAUGUCACACUAGUCUUAUGUGCCAGAAAACUUGGCUUGGUCUCGCAGAUCAUUUAUGAUCCCAAAAAGGUAACCGCAUGGUUGGCAAAGUGUCAGUGUUCGGUUGAAGAACUCCAAAAUGUGUGGCGAAUACUUUAUGAAACGCAUUCUGAAUUGGGUGAAACGCGACGCGCUACGGAAGCGCUUGUGUAUCUCUUGUCCACCUUUACAGAGGCUACUGCUGCGCAGGCCAGACAAGAUGCUAUCAAAUGUAUCAUAUCGGUCAUACAGGAUCCCUCACUCUUGGCUCACGAUCAGUUGCAUACCCUAAAGCCCAUACAAUUUCUGGAAGGAGAACCCGUGCAUGACGUGAGUCUUUCUGGUUACUGUCCACUUUCGCAGUUUUUCAAGAUAUUUGUUUCAGGAAACCUUUCCACAUUCAAAACUUUUUUGAACAGCCACCCCGAUUUUCUCAUCCAAAAUGGGCUUGACGAAAAUGCUUGUCUACAUAAACUUCGCCUACUGACGCUGAUGCAACUUUCAGAGAAUCAGACUGAACUGAGUUAUGACGCUGCCGCUAGGGAAUUGGAAUUGCCUCUGGACGAACUUGAGCCGUUCAUCAUUGAGGUUCGUACGCCGUGGAUACCGAGCAGAAGGAACAAACGGAUGAGGGUGGCAAAUGUGUUGAUAACUGGUUCUAGAUGGCUCAUCUGGUUAGAGCACGAAUUUACUGACCGGAAGGUCCGUGGUUCGAACCCGACCUGCAUGUCCCGACUCCCUCUGUUUAGGCUUGGACAAUCUGACAGUAUCCCAGCCCCCAUGCUUCCUUCGGGUGGCAUGACAGCUAUGCACCGAGAGAGUGUUGCAGCUGAAAAAGUAGAGUAG